AUGUACAGUUCACUUCAAUGGUUACGGCUGACCCAAGGACUCUUUCCUUUAAAGAGUUGUCCUUUUCAAACCUAUGACGGACAGCCGGCCGCACAAGAACUGACCCAAUGUAAUUCCGACGACUAUUUCUGUAAGCAUUGUGUGGAACUUGGUACAACUACCACACUGGCUACUACAUAUCAUGCAAACCAAACUUGUCAUAUGGCUUUCGAUGUAACUGACAACAAUACUGUUGAAAAUGUCGGCCCUCGUUGCGAACAGGCAUGGGCAAACAAAUCUUAUAACGCUUACUGCCAACUGUCUGCUUUGCCAAAUGCUACUCUAGCUACGACAUACUUAGAAAGACAGAUAAGAAAUACCAAUCGUCGAAUGUUUAUUGCCUUAUUCCGAGAUAAUUGUACGUCAACGUGGAAUUGGAAAGCUCGAGACGGAACAAUCACCUUUGCCUCCAAUCGAACGAACCCUGACUGUAAUGUGACGAUUGGAGCAUUUGAUGGAACUCAAAUUCUUGAUGUCAAUCCUAAAACAUUCCAAACGAAUGCUUUCACCUGCCAAUGUGUAGCUAGAAAUGGUACAGCUCUACUUCCUGGAGCUGAAGAUAAUGCUUCGCCCAGCAGCCGUUACAUGUUAUUGGUCGUUGUCCUAACAUCUUUAUAUGCAUUUUUUUAA